AUGUUUUGUCUACCAUUUUUCUUAGCCAACGCCAUAGGCUUCGCUGCCGCGCAGACCUCGUCUGCAUCGGCGAUCGCGUCUCAGUAUUCCCUCUCGACCAGCACGAAGCUCCCCAUGCCGACCAAGACGAUGGCCUCCUCCUCGGCGACGUCGUUUGUCAAGGCCUCUUGGGCUGCUACGGGCGUUGACGGCGCCCCCAACAUGGCAUUCGUGCCUGAUCCAUUCCCCACGGCCACUGCGUCUCCCGUGCUGCGAGUGACGUAUCCGAGCGGCAGCUACUCGCACCCUAACACCGCGGGCGCACAAUUCUAUUCGCACUGGGAGGCGCCAUCUGGGACGAAAUGGCAUUCGAUGCUGCUAUCGUACGAGGUUGCGUUCGACAGCGGCUUCACGUGGGUGAAGGGCGGCAAGCUGCCUGGCCUCCGCGGUGGUACGGACACCGCGGACUGUUCGGGCGGACACAUUGCGAACGGGUCGAACUGCUUCUCGUCGCGUCUGAUGUGGCGGACGAAUGGCGCCGGAGAAGUCUACGCGUACUUUCUCCUUCCCGAAGGUCUUUGUAAUGACCCCGACUUCAUCUGUAAUGCGGAUAACUACGGUACGAGCAUCGAUCGCGGAUCAUUCUCCUGGAACUCUGGAGAGUGGAGCAAAGUAACAUUGCUCGUACGGCUCAACAAUCCCGUGGAUAAUGCUAAUGGCCAGGUCACACUAUACCAUGACGAUGUGGAGGCACUUCACGAGUCGAACCUACAGUACCGCAAUAGCUCGGUCGUUGAUAUCGGCGGAUUGUUCUUCUCCACAUUCUUCGGAAGAAGCACAUCUGAUUGGGCGCCGCCGAGCGACAUGCAUGCGUACUUUCGCAAUUUCGAGAUGUGGGCCGCGAGCGUGGCGGUGUGA